CACAAUGCACAAUAUAAUCCAAUAAUGACAACAACAAAAAAACUGACAUAUGAAAUACAGAAAAAAAACCAAAAAAAACUUCCAUUAGACAUAAACUGUAUGUACAAUAUGCAGACAUACUAAAUAAUUAAUUAGGCUACAUGUCCACGAAUAAAGCCGACCAAAGACGAAAUAUCCAUAUAUGAUGCCAUGACGUCACAUCCUUGUGAUUCGCCUCAUUGAAUAUCCGGUGGGUGGAGCGGAACAGAGAUACGGGAGUAGUGGAUUGAAUCCCGAGUGGAAGAAUUAUGUUAUAACCGAUUAUAAACGCGAAUCGAUUCAAAGGCACUCCACAGAUCAAGCGCACGUUUUCUUCAAUAUCUUCCACUGGAACACUACAGUCAUGGCGGCGAAUAAGAGUAAAAAUCAGAGUUCCCUGGUGCUACACAAGGUCAUUAUGGUGGGCAGCGGUGGCGUGGGAAAAUCAGCCCUCACACUGCAGUUCAUGUAUGAUGAGUUUGUGGAGGACUAUGAACCCACCAAGGCUGAUAGUUACAGAAAGAAGGUGGUCCUGGAUGGAGAGGAGGUGCAGAUUGAUAUUCUGGAUACAGCGGGACAGGAGGAUUACGCUGCUAUCAGAGAUAACUACUUCCGCAGUGGAGAAGGUUUUCUUCUGGUUUUCUCCAUCACAGAGUCGGAGUCCUUCAGUGCCGCUUCAGAGUUCAGAGAGCAGAUCCUGAGAGUAAAAGCAGAGGAGGAUAAAAUUCCUCUCUUAUUGGUUGGAAAUAAGUCUGAUUUGGAGGACAGGCGGCAGGUGUCUGCGGACGAGGCUCGGGCCAAAGCGGACGAGUGGUCGGUUCAGUAUGUGGAAACGUCAGCCAAAACUCGAGCAAAUGUCGAUAAGGUGUUCUUUGAUUUGAUGAGGGAGGUGCGGACGAAAAAGAUGUCUGAGAACAAGGAGAAAAACGCAAAGAAAAGUGGCAAAAAGAAGAAGAGUCUGAAAGAGAGAUGUACGCUGCUUUGAGCUUCACAAACACUUGGUUCCCAUAGAGCUUUCCUGCCCUGGACUGAGCCAUUCUUAUGGACGAUAAGGGGACCAAUUCUCUGUCAUCCAUGUCGUUUGUGUUGCCAAAUACAAUCAAAGCAGAGCUCUGAGCCAUUGUGUGUUCUCCAGUGAAGUGCCCUCAACUAACAUCUACACAACUCUUCCACACCUUCUGAAGGAUUGUGCUUUCUUUAGGGUUUACUAGGUGCCACAACAACAUAUGAAUAGCAUAACUCUAAACAACAUGGAAUAUGCAGCUUUUUUUAUGUUUUUUGAGGCUUCAUUUUUAUGGCAAGAUGAAGUUACCUUUACUAACGUGCAGGAUAUUAAUUAAAAUGAUACUUUUCUGUCAGUUAUCAAAUUUGCACUAGUAAAAGUGUUAAUUCUUGGUAUCAAAAAUGUCGUUUUGACUAGUAAAAGUACAUUUUUGAAAUCUUCAACUGCAUUUUCACUAGUAGAAUUCAGUCUAGUUCCAAAUGCAAUUACGGAUACCUGUAAUUAAUUUCUUACUAGUUAAAAACUAAAUAAACCUCAGUCUGUGUAACAUUCCUAAUGUGAGCUUUUCAUGCUUAUCAUGGUACAUGGUAGCAUUCUGGGACCUGCACAUAAACACAAGCAUGAAUUGAUGUUUGAUGAUUAAAGACCAUUUUCACUUUAUCACUAGUAGAAUUAAUCCUCAGCACAUUUGCUUUGUUUUAAAUACUUUAUCAAAAGAUAUCAUAUGCAAUAUAUUAUUAUUUUCUUUAUUAAACAGUUAACAGCUAUGAGUUUAAUGAAUGAUCAAACCUGCCUUCAAAAUAGUGAAUUUGUUAAAGACUUCACUAUGCAAACUUACAUAAUGUGCCACUUUUACUACAAAACAGAGACAUGGCUAAAAUAACUAUUUUUCUAAUCAAACCACUUUUUUUGUGUGUCCCUUUUCACAGAUUUUUCUGUCUGGCUGAUUGUAGACCAAAUAAACCUCUGAAUUUGUUAUGAAUCUCUGUGUUUUACUGAUGUCAGUGCUGAAACACUCAA